GUCUCUGUUGUACGAGCUGGUCUAGACAAGCAGUAUGGCGGAAGAAGAGAGUGAAUUGGAGUUAGACAGGUUUAAGAAAGAACUGGAGACUUUGUUGAGGACAAGUGCAAGCGACGAACGGGGACUCCAGAGCAAGACGUACUGUGAACGAUUCUGUGAGUUGGUGGUGGAGCAAACCGGGCAAUGGCAGGUGCCUCUUCCCCAGCUCCAGGUGCUACAGAGUGCUCUGUGCUCUUUUGUCCAUGGGGCUGCAUCAUUCCCUCCAGAGUGUGAACAUGUACGCUACACACUGAGAAGUCUGGCCCUAAGUAUAUUCGAACUGCUGUUGUUCUUUGGAAAAGAUGAAUUCAUUGAGCAUCCUUUGAAAAACAUUGUAGACUCAUUUCAGGACUGCUAUGCGAGCCUGGUAAGACACCAGAAUGUUUACCUCCUGCAGGUUAGACAAAUUAUCAAAGAUGGAGGUCCUUGGGCAAACCCUGUUCUUGAGGCCAUUCUCAAGGAUUCAGAGCUACCACAAGAAGAUGUGGACAAAUAUCUGAGCUCAGAAGUAUCCAUUUUCUUUGAGCUACGUGUGCGUUAUCUGGUGGCAUGUGAGAGGCUUCCGGAGGCAUUGGCACUGACCAGAAGAUGUAUCAGGCACUCUGUUGUAGGAAGACAUCUCUAUUUCAAGCAAGCCUACCUCAUCUGCCUUUGGAGAGCUUCUUUUCUUGACUGCAUGUACAAGGGGAUGGCAGACAUCAAUGGGAAGGACGCUGUAGAAAUACUCUGCAUGGUGGAGAAUGAGGAGAAAGAGGAGACUGUUUUGAUGCUGAGUAAAGGCUUCCUAUCUCAGAAGCUCCAGAUUGGAGAUAUGUACUACCUUUGGGAUUUGGUCUUCAUAUGGAGCAGACUCUACCUGCGUUUAAACCGCUCUAAGCAGGGAUUCCUAGAGGAAUGCAACUUAAUGAUUCUGUCAGCAACCAACACAAAAGCGAUUUUCCCAUUUAUGAAGGUGAUUUUGGCAGAGCUUGGAAAAGAUGGCCUGGGGUUUUGUGUGGAGCUUUGUGCACGGGCAUUGCAGACUGACCUUAAGAAUGAUCCCGUCACCAAGUCUCUUAUCUACAAGACCAUUGCAUACUUACUCCCUAAUGACCUUGAGGUCUGUAGAGCUUGUGCACUGCUAGUUUUCUUCCUAGAAAGAACUGUUGAGUCAUACAAGCAUGUGUUCCUCCUAUAUACUCACCCUGAUCAGGAGUACCAUGCAGACACCAGUCUUGUGGGUAACAGUGUACGCUUUGAGGCUCUCCAGAUCCUGAAAAAAGACCUGUACUUUGACCCUGAGUUCUGGAGCCUUCUCAACAUUGAAACAAACUGUCUGAAGCUGAUGAGCGAUAAGGUUGGUAAAGCAAAUUUAUGUGAAAUCAUGCAAAGGGACAAGUGGAUGCCAAGCUACUGUGUGAAAGGAUAUUGUCAGUGUUAUGCAGACAAUGCAUAUGAGUCUAUCACUAAAGCAGAGAAACAAACCAAUCAAAAAAUACAGGAAGUGGAGUCAGUGAAAACGUGGGUCAAUUCUGCUUCAGGGGAAGCAUCCUCCAAACAUCCUGGCAAAAGGCGGGGGAGGAAGCCAGGGACACAGCUUGUAAAAGAUUCACUGGCCAGUCCAGUUCGGCGUUCAUUUAGGCAGUUGGACUUGGCAAAGAAUAAUGUCAGGCAACUAAAUAGUAGACGCCAUAGACUCCUUUCCCGGCAGACAGAGCUGAACACUCUGAAGCACAAGGGAAGGAAACCACAAUGGCUUUUGGACCAGUUAGCUGCCCGAGCAGAAAACAGUGUACCUCAACUAGACAAGAAACCAGGAAGGAAACCAAAGCAGUCAGAUCUUUUAAAGGAUAUUUCAGUUGAGGAGCCAUUAGGUGAAAUUACAAUGAAAUUUUCCUACCCUGAUAAUGAAGUUGACCUCUCUUCUGAUGUCCAGGCCUCACUGUUUUCCACAGAAACCCCUCAUAUGACUGAAAGCAGUACUGACAAAACUGCAUCUCAAGAGAAUUUGAAAUGGCCUGACCAUGCUACGUCUUUUAUCAAGUUGCUAUCAGAGUCUAUUCCAUAUAGGAAAAAAGACUUCAGGGUGAGAGAGGAGAUUGUUUUCCAGGAGCAAGGCCUUUCUUUGGUACAUAAAUUCCACACAUAUUCAAGGACAGUUGAAUUCGAAGGAAUGUCAUUCGACAGUUUACCCAAAGAUGAAGUUAAGGUGGACUAUAAUGAAUCCAAACAAGAAAGAGAGUCUGCUGAGGAACAGUGUGAACCGGCAGAGAGCCCUGGAGCUGCUUCACAGAUUAAAAAUGCUGUAGAAAUCAAGGCUACUCCAAUCCCAAUUAUAAAUGAGGAAGUAUCCACUCCUGUUGAAGCCAUUGUAGAGUCGGUUAAUGAAUUCAUUCAACAUCCAAUGAAUGAGUUGUCAAGUCCCCAAGAUGCAAACACCAAAUAUCCAGACUAUGGUCCUUACAGUCCUAUAAGUCCUCCAGAAAGUACUAAUGUUGAUCUUCCAACAGAAGUGAAAAAUCUUACCACAGCUGAAGCCAUUCCUAUACCUAAUAGUACAGCAGAAAAUGUGACUUGUCUUCAUGGGGAUGCUCCUCCAGUUCUCACUGAAGUGAGGAUGCUCCCUGAUGAUACAGGGCCUACUUUGAGUGAAAGUGAGAUUGCCACUUCUAAAAUUUUGCAUGAGAGUACGGAGGUGCCAUUGCCGUCACCAAGACCUGAUGUGAAGUCACUGGAAAUGCACACAGCUGUUGAUGGUCUAGUCCCUGACCUUAUGCCCCCAAGUGAUGAAGGUUGCCAGGUAUCAUUUAACUGCAGCCUUUGCAAUAAACAAACCAAAUUCCAAUACAUUCUACGGCAUGCAAUGUGGCAUCAUCGGAUUGACAGAAAGUGCAUGUUCUGUCACAAACGCUACACUCAUGGGCGCAGCCCGUCAGUCCAUUUUAAAGUGCACAUACAGGAGCUGAAAAAGUCUAAUGGGCUUUUAAAUGAAAAUAUUUGUGAGAAUGCCAUUGAGACCACUUUGCGAUGUGCCCAGACAAGACUGUUUAAACGUGUGAAUCCUGCUGUGAAGCAUAGAUUUAGAAACCUCAAAAUGAGGUUAAACUGUACUUUGAACAUCACAAAUGUUCACAGGGAAGGGCAAAGUUCAGAGCCUAGGGAGAGAUUGCGGGCAAGGUUAGUUAAGGAUUCAGAUCCCCCAAGUACAUCAGAAGAACAAAAGAAGAACGUUUGCAAGAUGAAGAGAAAACAUAUAAGGAGUGUUUUAGCAAAAAGAUUUCAGUCAAUAGAUGAGAACAAAACGUUUAUCAGAAUAGGACUAGCAAGGAAGAGAGCAAAGACUAUGCAAACACUAAUGCCAGAUAACAACAACUCAGAUACCAAAAACACUUUGGCUCAUAAGGUAAAUGGAAUGACCAGAAAGAGAAGAGAAGUGAAGAGUGAGCCUGAGACAAAUACCCCUGAGGAAAAGGUUCACACAUCAUCACCACAGGACAGCAAAGUGAACAUCGAGAGUGUAGAAAGUCAGAAAGACAAUGUCAAGACUGAAACUGGGAAUAGAAGUACAGAAGUAACAAAAGACAAGAGCAAAUCAAAAAAGAAAAGAAAAGAUGAAAUUCUGGACUCUGGGCGGAAAAAGAAGAAGAUUACUUCUGGAGAUCAAAAAGAGGAUGGAGAAGAUGUAAAGAGGAGGAAGAUCACAAAUAGCCUGGAUGGCAGUUUUGAGAAUCAGGAACCCAAAGACAAUAAUGCUGAAUUUAAGGAAAUAAAUCCAAUUGGGCAUAAAAAUGGGCCAAAACCCAAAAAGCCAUCCACACCAUUCCAGGGAAAAAGAACUGGAGCAUCUACACAUGUCAGAUGCCCUGUGGAGAUAUGUACGUUUAGUGCAAAAUCUAUCCUUGUCCUAUCACAUGUGCUGUCUCACCACCAUGGUGACAAGAAGGCGCUUUUGUUCUUUUUUAACUUUGGAAAGGAGAAAUGUCUUUUCUGUUGCAGAAAGUUAUAUAACCCUCAGCAUUUUUUUGACCAUGUAAUAUGCCACAGGGGUGAGCUGAAGUUCCCAUGCUACCAUUACGGCUGCAAGGAGAGGUACCAAACACGUAUGGAGCUUAGUGAACACAUGUUAGGCCAUCAUCCGUUGAGAGCAUUGUGCUGCUUUCCUGGAUGCUCUAUGCAAGUUGACAGCAGUAUGCUCCUGUAUAGGCAUGAGAAAAAUCAUUAUCGACUCGAUACAAAUUUGGAAAAAAAAUCAUUCCCCAAAGAAUCUGAACCAACAGGGCAUGGAGUCCCUCAAAGCCUGGAAGAUGGUAUGGAAGCACCAGAAAAUUCUUCACUUACUCAAGUUGUAGGUACAGCGAAUUUGAAGGACCCUAGAAAUCAAGAUGAUGAUGAAAAACCUUUGGUCCUCAAUAAAGGUUCUGUAAACUACAGUAGCAAGAACCAUAGUCUUGUUAAUGGGCAUAGUGAGUGUGACAAAGUUGUUCCUCCCAAACCUUCAGAUCCAGUCACUAAAGAGCAGGAACCAACGGUUUUAGGAAAACCUGUAACUAAACAAUUUGUUCGACCUCUUCCCUCAGCCUAUCUGGAUGAGUCUUACAUUAGCAUGCCAAAACGUUGGAAGGAACCCCAGGUGGGCUCAAAGUUCUUAGGCUCUGUGUCAAAGCCAGAAAAACUGUCAACCAGGCAACGUUGCUCUCGAUGUUUUCAGUCUUUCAACAGUGAGGAAGAGCUCCAUGCACACAAAGACAAAUGCACAUCCCUCUUUGGUUUUGAUUCGGAUGAUGAAAGUGCCUCCUGAAUUUGGAGAAGCAAGCAUCUACUGAGAAAAUUGCUAAAUGCUGCUGUAGGCAAUCAGCGUUCUUAUAUGUGUGCUUAACAUCUUUGUCAGUGUCACAGAACUAUAUAAAAUACUACAUGGGAAAUGACAUUUUCAUUGAAGUCUUGUAUAACCGAUCUGCUGCUUUAUUUCGGAGCAAAGGUCUGUUAUCUCUUCAUAUUAAAAAAUCAGAUUGACUUUUUUUUGUUUUCCAAAAGUCUUUUGAGACUUGGGACUGUUUUUUUAAUUGACUGUCAUCUUUGCUAGAAAAUGUAUAAGUUUGUCUCUAAAAAAAUGCACAACAGAUGCAUUUGCAUUUUCACUUCGUGUCACAGAGCUUAGCCUGUUCUCAAAUUUUUUUGCUGGUCUUUUCAAUUCCUGCAUAUGAGAGGCCACCAAAGACCAUGACACUAAAAGAAGAGUCGGUCUGUCUGUCUGACCUGGGUAAAUACCUCCUUCUCUGGAAGUAUGGUGGUUAAUGAAAGGUUUAAGGGUGAGUUCACUCAAAAAUGAAAAUGUGUUUUACACACCCUCAAAGCAUCCUAGGUGUAUGAUUUUCUUCUUUCAGACGAAUCCAAUAAGAGUAAUAUAAAAAAUUGUCCAGGUCUCUCCAAGCCUUUCAGUGGGGCUAAGUGGGUGUUGGUUGUCAACAGUUCAGAAGACGUGAAAUAAAGUGCACGCAUCUGUAAUAAAAGGUCCCUCACACGGAUCCGGGGGUUCUCCUGAAGGAAAUCAAUGCAUUUUUGUAAGAUAAAUAUCAUUAUUUCAAACGUAAUGGACACUUUUUUGUUUUUUUUUCUCACUUCUGCUGACUGUGGUGCGUGGAAGUCAUGCAGGUGGAUGACGUAGGAUGUAUGUGUUGGGCAUGCGCCUCUGAGAUAUGCAUGAGCGUUGGAAACAAAGUUUCCUUUACUUUAGCAAAGGUCUUCUCUUGGCUUACAUUGAAAUCCUCCAACAUUUAUCUUGACAUCCUUGUUUUGUGACUGUCAUUUUGUUUUGUCUCUGCAUUUGUCACUAAUCACUCAACCCCGACGUCCUACGUCAUUAACAUGGACGGCUUCCACAUACGACAGUCGGCAGAAGUAAAAAAAAAAAGAAGCAUUUAUUAAAUUUUAAAUAUGGACAUUUAUUUUUCAAAAAUGUAUGUUUGCUACAGAAGGCCUUUAUUCACCCACCGGAGCCUUGUCAGGGACAUUUUAUUAUUAAUGUGCGCACUUUAUUUCAUGUCUUCUGAACUGCUGACAGCCAAUGCCCACUUACCUAAUUGAAAGGCUUAGAGGGGAUAGGGCAAUUUUUUGUAUAACUGAUUGGAUUUGCCUUAAAGAAGAAAGUCACAUACACGCAUGCUUAUAUUCAUUUUUGGGUGAAUUAACCCUUUAACUUGGCUGUUUUGUGACAAUGGGUCAGGUGUUUACCAGUGUUGCAUAGUGCUUUAUGAGCAGAAGUACUGGAUUAAAACUCUUAGGCCACUUCAAGUAUUGAUAUGUGACCCUUUGUAAAUUGAUACUUAUAGCAUAUUUUGAAAAUGUCAUUAACUUGCUUUUAAGUCAGUUGACACUUGGGAAAAGUUAAAGACAUCAUGUCUUUAAAUGAAGGACUUUGAAUUUGGUUGAGAAAUCCUUAAGAACUGUCAGCCUUUAACUGCUGCUGCUGGAAAGGCCAAGUCUUUAAGACUACAUAUUCUCCUAUUAAUGGAAGAGUGUGUGUAUGUGCCACAAUGCCUCAUUGAACAUUGUCAUAACAUAUUCUAAAUGACUUCCCUUUAAACCUACGAAAAUUGUAAGGGGAGGACUAAUUCGUGUCUCAAACAGAGGCAUGUUUAAAGCGGUUCAAUUGAUGAACAUUAACAGUCUUAUUUAUUAUUAUUCUUUUUUUUUUUUGUAUCUACUGUAAAUGUUUGAAGAGUUUAAAUAGUGUAUGAUUGGGUGACUGGGUUUAUAUAUCAAGAGCAUUUUUUGUCCUGAUUAAUAAACAAAUUUGAAGGGGAGUUGAGUUGACUGGUUUAAUGUAAACGGCCAGGAUUCUUUGUGUUAUAUAUCAUUAACACUGUACACAGCGUCAUGUUUUUGUUUAUUUACAGUUUGUCAUGUGGUGUACAUUAACUACAGUUUGCGUCUACAUCCAAUGGAGGUGCUGUUCACGCUUAGGUUAAGUUAAUCAAAGCCAAGUCAACGUUUUCUGUACUUAUUUUUUCGAGACAUCUUGAUUGACACAGACUUUGUGUAAAAUAAACUAUACGCUGUUUGAUAAAACA